AUGAUUUUAAUUCACAACGAGUUAAAUAAACAUCUGUGUAGGAGUGAUGGUUUGAGUGCUGAUAGUGGUUAUUGGGGUAGUGAAGGUGGUUGUCGGGAUAAUGGUAGUGUGAUUGGUUGUGGUGGGUGUAGUGAUCGCAAAAGUGUUCAUAGUAGUUUUGGGGGUGAGGAUAGAGGUGGUAGGAUUUUGAAUGGAUAUAAGACCACUAGGGUUAAUGUUAGUGGUGAUAUUGGGGGUGAUGUGGGUGGAGAAGGUGGUGGUGGUGGUGGUUGUGACGGAAGAGGUUGUGGUGGCAACAGUGAUUGGGAUAUUGGUGGUAGUGGGGGUGGGGAUAUGGCUGAUGGGGUUGGAAUUAGAGUUCAGAUCUAA